AGUGCAGAAUUCAACAAUGCUCUUUGGUGCGAAAGUGUGAAUGUGAAAACAAAGUGCGAGUUGCGGGCGCUUCUUUGUUUGUGAUUUGAUUUGUUAUAUUACGGAUUAAUACAAUGGAAGUUCAAGUCACCCACCUUCAGAACCCAUUUUCAUUCUUUUUAAAAAAAAAGGGUAAUGAGAAUGAUCGACCACUUAAAGAUGAGGAUCGGUGUCAUCUGCAGAACACCUAUUUGAAAAAACAGUGGUCGGAUGUGAACCACGGAAAAUAUGUUGCUGUCUGGCACAAUAGUAAAUGGAUCCGUGGUAUUGUGCACAUGGAAACCCAAGUUUUAAUCUGGUUGGUUGACUAUGGGUACUAUGUACGACCAGAUGAAAGCAUGGUCUAUGUGGAUUUGGCUCUGGAGUUUAAGAAACUGCCUACAAAGGUGUUUGAAGCCAGUAUUCAUGGAGUGGUACCAAAGGAUAUAGGAUGCACUAAAUAUUGUGCGAUUAAAGGUGUCAUUGCCACCACCUGGAAUGAUGGAUCCAUCAAAAACUCCCAGAACAUAAUCAAUCAAAGCAGGGCUAUUUAUUUUGUGCCCAUAGCCCUGUUGUGCACUAAAGGAAAUGAUGUUGUGCUUGGAGACCUGUACGUGGACACUCCUAGCCAAGGCAUGGUUAACUUUAUUGACCUCCUGGAGCUGUGGCCGGUGCAUCUGCAGAGGAAUCCGGCGGUCUACAUUCAAAAUAUUUCCACGUUUUAUUCGAGCCGGCGUAAACACCACGCAUGCAUCCUCAAGCCGGUCAUGCCGAGAGAACUACCCGUGGUGACUUCCGCCACCAUCACUGCCAACCAAUACGAAACCAUCGUCAAAAACGCCCCGCAGCUCGAACUUGCCGACAAGUCCGACAACACCAGCUCGGAUGAAUGUAGCACUGUCGUAACCAACAACCGCCAGCAUAAUUAUCUCACGGCAGACGAGAUUGAAGAGUACUCGAAGAAGUAUAUCAAAAUCAAUGGCAUACAGCAUAACGUUUUAAAUAUAAUAAUUAACAAGUGCCACGAUUUGAGCAUGUGUGAAAGGUAUAAGGAUAAAAAGUCUGUCGGAAGGGCGACUACGCGUCAUUCUACUUUCUGUGGCAAUCAACGCCGGCAUUUGGAUGAAUCCGAAUAGUUUGCCUAGACAGUUAUUGCAGGCGCUACAGUCGCAUGCAACCUCUAGCUUUCGACUGCAGUGCCUACAAGUGUUUAAGCAGAUUGCUUAUCCAUUGGCAGGGCAUUAAUUGUUUUUAAUACUAGCGAUAACACAAGUCCGCCUCUCCUUGCCGGUGGAUAAACCCUUUAUGGAAGUUUUGCAGUGCAGUAAUUGUGCAGUGAUGUUUUUGUUUUUAAGGGGUCUGGGAUAGUUUAUUUUUCUGUGGUUAUAUAUUGUAUGUAAAUAGGUACAUAAUAUAGCAAUACAUAUAUGUAUUUCUGGGUGCCUUAUACUAAACAUUUUGCCAUUUAUAUGUCACGUUACAGUGUAUAAAAGUUAUUUGUUUACUGAGCUUAUCAAGCUACUUAUUUCAUUUACAUAAUUAUUUUUAAGUAGGUACAUUUAAAAGCUGGACUUUUAUUUUCUAGUAUAACAAUGAAGCAUGCGUUAACAUUGCGAAGGUACUUUAAGUAUGGUAUUUUGGAAGCUACUUCAUAGGUACCUUUUCUUCUUAUUAUGAUAAAUAGACAGAAAAAUCUGUUUGUAGGUUUUCUGUCAGUACUGAUUUAGAUUCUAUGAUGGAAAUCAGGGUUUUAAGUGUUGUAAGAGAUCAAAUAAUAUAAGGUCGACUCUUUAAUUAUACUUAGGUAUUACAAUGGUUUAAUAGGUUAUAGUUAACAAUUAGCGCUGUUGGUAACGAGAUGUUAUAAUUUUGUUUAAUAGUAUUUUUCAGUUUUUAUUUUAUUUUGUGAGGAUGUUAGUCACAUCCUAGUUUAAGUUAAAUGUUGAAUAAAUGUUUAAACCUGGUGCUUUACCUGCUUUCAUGCAGAUGCUGUUACAAUAAUAUAUGUGCCAUUUUCAACCAAAGGGUACUUAUUGUCGCUUGUCAGUAGGGCGCUAUUUCCAUAUAGCUUCAAUUAGAAAUCAACCUUAUCGACAACCGACAAUGUGGUUCCUUUAGGUUGAAAACGUCACAUAUAUUCAAGCAAAUUCAAUACGUUUACGAGUAUACAAGUUAUACUGAGUGAGUAUACAUAUAAGUAUGUAAUCAGUUGUGUCUAUACUUGUGGCAUUAGACGUGUGACGUGUAGGUAGGUAUGCCUAUGUCUGCACAACAUAUAAUGUUUUCUUAUAAGUCUAUAAGAACUUAUAACCAAUUAUUGUUUAUCGAGAGUAGACUAUAAGUUUGAGAAUAAUAUGCUAUUUUUUGUUCCUUAAGACUUGGUCUUAAAAUUAUCCUUUAGUUUGGAAUACUUAUACAUAUAUUUAAAUAAGGCGAGGUGUAUCUAUGCUGAUUGGUGCGGUGUUCAGGGAAAAACUAUCAAGUUUUAUCUAACAUUUAAACAGUAGUUGUUACUUUUAAGUUAAAUUGAGUACCUACAUAUAGUGUAGCCAAACUGGAAAAUGUUUUAUAACAUUACACAAAGUUCGCUACAGUAUUGUCUAUAAAUCACCACCAGCCUGCUUGAUUAUACCUGUUUACAAAUUACAAUAAAUAACACUCAAUAUAGAGGUACAAACCCAAUACUACCUCAACUACACUGAGUGUUGCGUUUUUAUUAAACUAAAAAAGUAAAAUGGCAAAGUAAUAAAACAAGUUGAGUAUC